AUGACUUCUGGUGCUCAAGGGAGUAUUAGCGCCAGUGGAUUUCCUAUUAAUCGGCCUGGUUCAGGUGGUAUGAUGUCUGGAAUACCUGGAGUAAGGAAGAUGUCUGGGAUGCCCGGAAUGGAGAAUGAUAACUGGGAAGUUCCCAUAUCUCGGUCAAUGCCAAGUGGCAAUGGUUCAACAGUUCAACCUGCUGGAUGUAUUCCGCCACCACUGAUAGGCAAGUCACCAGCACCAAACCAGCAAUGCAACCUCAAAGUUAGUGGUAGUUUCACGAGUGGCAGGACUAGCUCCUUCUUAAUGCUAGUGGUGCAUCUCCUGCUCGCCCAGCUCACUGUAGGAUUUUACACGAACCCUGCGUCUCAACUUUCUUCCCCAUUAAGACAGGCUUCAAUAUCAUCUAUUACUCUGGCUUCUAACAAACCACCGGCUUCAGCUGCAAGAUUGGCAUAUCAAUUUGGCUUAGAUGGCUGGUUGGGUUGGUCCAACCAAGAAAGGAAUGAGAGCCUUUGUCAAGACGAGCUCGAGGAAAGCAGCUUCACUUCUAGAUUAAUACUUUAG